CUUUCGAGCCGAUUGGUACAACAUAUGUACCAUCAGUGCUUUCAAAAAGACUGGAACUUCUGUUUUGCAUUUUGAGUGGUUUAAAUGUGUACCAGUCCGUUCGGUAGUUCUUAGUGCGAAGGAAAACAUUCAUACGUAUGGGAUACAUAACCUAUAACCUCGUGUUUUGUUAUUAGUUUCGAGCCAGAACUGUGAUUGUUCAUAUAUUUUUGCCCCUGAUCAGCGAAUUCAGCACUUUUUGUGUGAAAAAAUAUUAGUUCCGAUAAGAAUACUACCAAUAAUCAAUAAGUGGUUAAGAUUUUGGUGAAAUGAGUCGGCGAAAACUGUCCCAAAAAGAAAUCGAAAGGUUGGCAGAGAGCUUAUCCGAAAUUGACUCAGGUUCUGAGCCAGAAAACUUCGAGAGUAGCAGCGAUGAAUAUGAACCAGGAAGCGACGAUGAUGAUUCUACUCAAGACGAAUCUCCGCAAGUGCCAGAGAAUGUCCCGAAUACAGCAACCAUUGAAGAGGAAAGAACCAAUGAAACAGAUUUUGAGGAGGAACACGAAAACCAGGUUUCUACUAACUUCAUUAUUUGGUCUGAUCCUGACGAAUCGUUUGAACCUCUAAGAAGUAUUUCCCAUAAGCGUCCUUGCACUAUUUCAUCAGACAUAACAGCAGACUUCACCCCAAUUCAAAUUUUUAUGAAACUUGUUCCUCGAUCUCUUUUUGCUCAGAUUGCGCAUUGUACAAAUGAGCGUAUGAAAAUAUAUGCAGAGGCCAUAUCUAAACGAACCCGAAUUGAAGAAACUAAUUUGGGAGAAAUUCAGGUAGUCAUAGGUUGUUCAUUUAUAAUGUCAUAUAAUAAAAGUAAAAGAACAGAAACUAAACCAGAAAAUAAAACAUCUAAUGAAACAAAGAAGAGACAUGGAAGACAAGACCACACAGGAAUAUAG